GCUGGAGAGAGGGAGACUAGGAGUGAAGUUGAGGCUAAAACCCUUUAGCUAUAAAGAAGUUAUUUGGAGUGUAUUUUUUUGCUUUCAAUUAGGCAAAAUAGCUACUUCGUGACAAUUACCAAAGAAGAUUCUAAGGCCAUCUUACCUGAACCAAAACCUAUAAUCUCUUCUUCGUCCCCCUCUCCCACGCAUCUCCCUAAAAAAAAAAUAAAACCAAACCCCAAACCCUAAUAAUUAAGAUAAAGGAAGCAGAAACACUCUGCGUAUUAACAGCAGAGAAGAGGGUAAAGUUUCUCUAGUUGGAUGGUAGUAAUGGUUGCAAUUAAGAGUUGGGCUCCUUACCUACUGCAGACUUCGGGGACUGAAGUGGCUUGAAAGAAGUUGCAUCGAAUAUCAGAUCCACCUUCAAGAAAUCAGAGCCGUCUUUGAGGCCUGGGGAUUGAGUGCUGAAAUUAAAAAGACUGGAAUUAUUAUGUCUGUUUUCCGACGACCAAUGUUUGCUGCCUGGAACAGAAGAGAAGCUUGGUUCCUCGAUGGUCCUAUUGACAUAUAGUGUCCUGAAGAUACACUUGGAUUUUCGAAUCUGCAUUGGAAAAUCAUCUUUCCUAUACUCUUGUUUUCUGCCUUUUGGUUUUGUUUUGUUUUGGUUUUGGUAAAUAUUUUUAUUGUCCGAUUCUGGUCUUUUAUUGCUGUCAUAUAUCCCUACAGUUAAAAAGACGUAAACUAUUUCACUCAAGGUACUUUUUUUUUUGGCCAAACAUGAAGUGUAGCUGAAAAUUUCUGUGGUUUUUUGGAUGAAUCUGCGGAGCUUAAAUUCAAAGAAGAAAGGGGGAAAAAGGCACAAUGAAAGAGAAGUCCAAAAAUGCUGCCCGGACUAGACGGGAGAAGGAAAACAGUGAAUUUUAUGAACUGGCUAAAUUACUGCCUUUGCCCUCAGCCAUCACCUCUCAGCUGGACAAAGCAUCCAUAAUCAGGCUCACCACCAGCUAUCUAAAAAUGAGAGUGGUUUUCCCAGAAGGGCUCGGAGAAGCUUGGGGCCAUUCGACUCGUACCAGUCCCUUGGAUAACGUCGGUCGGGAGCUGGGGUCCCAUCUCUUACAGACCUUGGAUGGUUUCAUCUUUGUGGUGGCUCCAGAUGGGAAGAUCAUGUACAUUUCGGAGACUGCAUCUGUCCACCUGGGUCUUUCUCAGGUAGAAUUAACUGGGAACAGCAUUUAUGAAUAUAUCCACCCAGCAGACCACGAUGAGAUGACUGCAGUGCUCACAGCCCACCAGCCCUACCACUCUCAUUUUGUACAGGAGUAUGAGAUAGAGCGCUCCUUUUUCCUGAGGAUGAAGUGUGUCUUAGCCAAGAGGAACGCUGGCCUCACUUGUGGGGGUUAUAAGGUCAUUCACUGUAGUGGUUACCUAAAGAUCCGCCAGUAUAGCCUGGAUAUGUCCCCUUUCGAUGGCUGCUACCAGAAUGUGGGCUUGGUAGCUGUGGGCCAUUCACUGCCCCCCAGUGCUGUGACAGAGAUCAAACUACACAGCAAUAUGUUCAUGUUUCGUGCCAGCCUGGACAUGAAGCUCAUAUUUUUAGAUUCCAGGGUGGCUGAACUAACCGGCUAUGAGCCACAGGACCUGAUUGAGAAGACCCUUUAUCAUCAUGUCCACGGUUGUGACACCUUCCAUUUGCGCUGCGCGCAUCACCUGCUGCUGGUGAAAGGGCAGGUGACCACAAAAUAUUACCGGUUCCUGGCAAAGCACGGGGGCUGGGUGUGGGUACAGAGCUACGCCACCAUCGUGCACAACAGCCGCUCCUCACGGCCCCAUUGCAUCGUCAGCGUCAACUAUGUCCUCACAGAUACAGAAUAUAAAGGACUGCAACUCUCACUGGAUCAGAUCACAGCCACCAAACCAUCCUUCUCCUAUACCAACACCACACCCACCAUAACUGACAACCGAAAGGGGAACAAGCCCCGCCUCUCGAGCACAAAAUCAAAAUCCAGGACAUCUCCAUACCCUCAGUAUUCUGGAUUUCACACCGAAAGAUCUGAAUCGGAUCAUGACAGUCAGUGGGGAGGAAGCCCACUCACAGAUACUGCAUCUCCACAGUUACUGGACCCUUCAGAAAGGCCCAGCUCCCAGCAUGAUGCUUCGUGUGCCUAUAGGCAGUAUUCAGACCGUACUUCUCUUUGCUAUGGCUUUGCACUGGACCAUUCCAGGCUGACAGAUGAUAGGCAUUUUCAUACCCAGGCCUGUGAAGGAGGCCGAUGUGAGGCAGGUCGAUACUUCCUUGGUACCCCACAAGCUGGGAGGGAGCCCUGGUGGGGCUCUCGUUCAGCACUGCCCCUUACCAAGUCCUCCCCAGAAAGCAGAGAAGCCUAUGAGAACAGUAUGCCACACAUAACCUCCGUUCACAGAAUUCAUGGGAGAGGUCACUGGGAUGAAGAUAGUGUGGUCAGUUCUCCAGACCCUGGGUCUGCCAGCGAAUCAGGUGACCGCUAUCGUGCUGAGCAGUACCAGAGCAGCCCCCAUGAACCCAGCAAAAUUGAAACUCUGAUAAGAGCCACCCAGCAGAUGAUUAAAGAGGAAGAGAACAGAUUGCAGCUCCGGAAAGCCCCUCCUGACCAACUGGCUGCCAUUAAUGGAGCAGGGAAAAAACACUCCCUUUGUUUUGCCAACUACCAGCAGCCGCAGCUGACUGGAGAGGUCUGCCAUGGCCCUUCUCUUGCCAACACUUCCCCAUGUGAGCACCUUCAACAAAGAGAAGGGAAGAUGAUGAGCCCUCAUGAAAAUGACUAUGGCAGCAGCCCCACAGCCUUGUCUAGGAUAAGCAGUCCCAACUCGGAUCGUAUUUCUAAAUCAAGCUUGGUAUUAGCUAAAGACUAUCUCCAUUCAGACAUGUCCCCUCAUCAGACAGUAGGAGAUCACCCAGCAGUCUCUCCGAACUAUUACAGUUCUCACCGGCAGUAUUUUGAUAAGCAUGCUUACACAUUAACUGGGUAUGCCCUGGAGCACUUGUAUGACAGUGAGGCCAUUAGAACCUAUUCCUUGGGCUGCAAUGGCUCCCACUUUGAUGUAACUUCCCAUUUAAGAAUGCAGCAAGACCCAGCACAAGGACACAAAGGGACAUCUGUUAUAAUAACCAAUGGGAGCUGAUGUUUUUUUCUAAAAAAAAUGUGCUUUAAGGAUAUCUUUGAAACAUAGUUGGAACAUAUAUAUGUUUUAAUGCCCUUGUUACCAGCAUUUAAUAUACCACAGUAUGUUAGAGAGAAUAACCUAAGCUACUGAAGCUACUGGGUAUGAAUUGACACAUGUUACUGUAAAAAAAAAAUAAGAAAUGCACUAGCAUUCAGGGUUACAGCGAAUGGAAUUAAAGUGAACCUGUAACUUGCCCCCAGAAUUUAUGGGAGCCAGAAUGGAUAAAGUCACAAUUGAAAAUACCAGUGUAGAUCAAGCAAGCAAUUUGUGCAAAUUGUAAAAGUUCUAGUUGGAAACGCCACAGAGGGAAGACCCAGUGAGCUGCAUGGGCACAGAUCGCUAGUCACAAAACUGCUAUGCACCCUUGACAUGCAGAAAUUUGGAAUGUAGACCAUAAAAUGCACAUGCCAAAAAUGGGUAACUUUUCUUAACCCUAACAUGUGAUUGCUUCUUCAUGGUGUGAAGAAGCCGUUGCUGUUCCCCGAAGAAGAGAAUGAGAGAUCUCAGAGAAAAGGUUUCUUCCCUGUGGUCUCUUAGCCGUUCUGACACAUUUGGUCUAGGCAUAAAUUAGAGAUGUGGUUCUGGCUAUGGCACUGGACAUAUUUCUCACAUGGUAUCUAUUAGAGGCAAUCAGGAAGUGGCAAUUUUCAUUCUGCUUUUGAGUCAUAGAAAGGGACGUGAUUGCACUGACGUAGAAGUAAGGGGCUGUGUUAAGUAACAGCAAUUAGAUGUUGGAACACGCACCAAGAAUGGAGAGCGCUCAAUUAAAAGAAAUUCAGGGGAGGCAAUGAGACCAGAAACAGAGAUAAACGAAAAGAUUUCCAAGAGCAGACCAUUUCGGGUUCAGACUGUGUGUGCCAUUAGUAAUCAACACAUUAAGAGUUUUUGAAAAAACAGCUACAGAACAACCCACCAGGAAACAAGGCUGAUAGACAGGAAGUGUGAAAAGUAAUUAAGAAAAACAGGGGAGGUACUGCAUGAAAUGAUUGGAAGUGUUUGAAAACAUUGCUAAAUAUAAUUGUGCAAAUGUAAAAACACGUGGAAAGCCAGUAUAGUGAAGAAAUAAUCUGGCUUCAAGAGAAUGUUUAAGUGGAAAGCUUAGAGUAAGGCACAGGACUUUGAGAUGUAAUAUUCUGAAUGAAGGAAAAGACAAAGUAUUGCAAAAUCUGCCUACUUGGAUUUCUUAUUGUUUUUUUAAAGACAGUUGCUGGUUCUUGAGGCAUGUUUGGGUAGUAAGAAAGAUCACUUCACUCGAUGAAUAGCACUAGUCUUUGUCAGGAACCCUAGGUUCCAUUAUUGACUCUCUCACUAACCUGCUAUGUGAAUCCAUAUAGAUCACAUAACCAUCCUUCCUGCUUCUCAGGUUUAUAAUUUAUAAAACAGAGAGGUUAUAUUAGAUAACCUAUCUCUAAAGUAAUUUGUUGUUCUAAAAUCCUGUGAUUCAUUAGUUCAGGGAAAUUGGAUUUAAUUGAAAGAUUCUGUUGGUUUGCUCCAUCAUGCCUUGGGAAUGGCAGGAAUUUUCAUUUCUGGGUGUUGUGCCACUCACACAGCUACAUGGCUGAUCUGUAAUUAAAUCAGACCCUUUGAAUCUCCCAGGUAUGUUCAGUUCUGCCAACCAUGUGUAAACCUAGUCAAAAUGUAUAUGGCAGGAUCUGAUUAGGGAACAAAGAAGAAAAGUAAAUUUUCGUCUCAGAGAGCACGCCGGCUUUGCUUAACGAGAUAUGUUCUAGAAAUCCAUAGAGAAUGUUAUAGAUGGCAUAGGGAGGUAGUUCAUAAACUUAUUCUUUUUUAAAACUUUUUUUUAAAAUUAGGCAGUUGGGGUUAAGUGACUUG